AUGCAAGCCUGCGACAUUUGGCCGCCGUGGGCCCGCCCGACGAGUUCUGCUCCUCUGGCUCGCCAUGUUGCGGACGAGGGCGCAACAGCAGGCCAGACGGCCCUAAGACAAGACAAGUGCUGCUGCUGCUGCUGCUGGCCCUGGGCUCGUGCAGACGUCGUCCGGCGGUGCAGCGCAGCCAGAAACACGACAAUGCCCUGCAGCAUGGCUGCACAGGCGCCUGCAGAUCCACCAUGGGCGAUCCGUAACUAUGGUGGACAGGACAGGCACGCCCUCGUCCAGCCUGCAGCAGCCACACCCACUGCUCAGGCACCCACCAUUGUUUUGCCCUCUAGUUUCAACACCCUGGCAGAGCCCAUCUCCAGCCUGCGCCGGCGUGGCUUGGGCAACUCUUCCUUUUGGCCCUCACCCGCCUUGAUGCCCUCCCAAUGUAGCCCUAGUCAUCUUGCACCAUCCCAAUCCCCUCCCGUCAAUCUCCCUCCCCAGCCAGGUCGACAACUCUGUCCAGAGACUAGCAUCGCCGACCAAAACAACACUCCCACUCCCACCCCCCUCCCCACCCACUACGCCCUCGCAAGGACCUCUUCCGGUAGCCACUCUAGGGCUCCCGUAAACCUGCCUCAAGCCUCUGCCCGUCGUCGUGACGCUCCACGCCCGCACGGGCGCCAGUGA